GAUUCCAUAUGUUUUGUUGCCAUCACUUCCGGGUUCCUGAAAAGGUCGGAGGUCGACUUGCACAUGUCCGAAAAUGGCGCAAUCUCUGGAGACGAUCUUGGAGAACUUGCUGGUCCCAGACAACGCUGUCAUACAGCAGGCCACCACCCAGCUGCAGGAAGCCUACAAGGACCCUGCCAUCGUCCCCGCCCUGUGUGGGGUACUCGGGGCCUCACAGAACCCACAGGUUCGUCAGUAUGCAGCUGUGCUACUGAGGAGGAAGAUUGCCAAGCAAUGGAAGAAGUUUGAUCAGGAAACUCAGGCCAGCCUGAAAGCUACACUUCUGCAGGUUUUGGUACAGGAGCCAGAGCGGACAGUGCGACAUGCGGCAGCUCAGAUAGUUGGAGCCGUGGCCAGGCAUGAACUGCAGGAAGGCAAGUGGCCAGAACUGCUGCAGUUUAUACAGGACCUCAUCAGGGAUAAUGAGCCUAGCAAGAGAGAGAUGGGGAUGUUUGUCCUGAGCACAGUUUGUGACACAUCAGCACAAGGACUGCAGCCCCACUUUGCCUCCCUGUUUGCUCUGUUUAACACAACAUUGGAAGAUGUGGACAACCGUGCAGUACCGUUUUACACCAUACAAGCCAUGACAUCCCUGGUGGAGUACUGUGGUACUGAGGAGGCUGGAACAUUCCAGAAGCUGAUUCCCAAGGUGUUGGCAGUGAUACGACACCUCCUCCUGCAGGAUGAGGACCAAGCAUGCGAAGCCCUGGAAAUAUUUGAUGAACUGGUAGAAUGUGAGGUUACGAUUGUGGUGCCACAUCUGAAGGAUAUCAUGCAGUUUUGUCUUGAGGUGUCAAGUAAUGCUGAGCUGGGUGACAACAUCAGGGUGAAGGCACUGUCCUUCGUCAGCUGGCUCACGAGGCUCAAGAAAAAGUCCAUCCUGAAGCACAAGCUGGUGGAACCGGUGCUGAGUGUGGUGUUCCCCAUCAUGUGCACACCUGCUGCAGAGGGGGAGGACGACCCAGACGACACCUUCAUCGACGAGUUAGAGGCCAGCACACCAUCGUCAUUUGCAUCACAGGUCAUCGAUGUCAUGGCACUCAAUCUUCCUCCUGAGAAGCUCAUCACUCCACUGAUGCAGCUGGUGGGCCCAGCCCUGGAGAGUGAGAACCCGUACCAGAGGAAGGCUGGACUCAUCUCUAUGGCAGUUAUAGCAGAGGGCUGCUCAGAUCACAUCCAGAAGAAGUGUCUAGAACCCUUUCUUCAAGUCACCUGCAAAAAUAUCUCUGAUCCAAACCCCAUCAUCAGGAACGCUGCCCUGUUCACCAUGGGCCAGUUCUCAGAACACCUACAGCCUGGAAUCACAAAGUACCAUGGAGACAUUGUUCCUCUCCUGAUCAACCACCUGAUGCAGGGAGAACACAGCAGUAAGGAAGGCAUCACAAAAACGUACUACGCACUGGAGGAGUUUGUGGAAAAUCUAGGUAAGGAUAUCCUGCCAUACCUGCCUGCACUCAUGGAGAGUCUUCUGUCAGCUCUGACCACCAGCCAGGCUGUGCACAUCAAGGAGCUGGCCAUCAGUGCUAUUGGGGCCAUAGCCAAUGCAGCAGGUGAGGCCAUGGUGCCGUACUUCCAGCAGGUGAUGGAGCAGCUGAAGCCGUACAUCGUCCAGGUGCUGCCUGAGAGCCACCAGGUGCUGCAGGUGCAGGCACUGGACACAUUGGGCAUGUUUGCCAGGACUAUUGGUGAGCAGCACUUCCUGCCCAUGGCGGAGGAGUGUAUACAGCUGGGCCUCAAGUUGGUGGAGGAGGUUGAUGACCCUGACCUCAGAAGAUGCAGCUAUGGACUGUUUGCAUCUGUAUCCACUGUCCUGAAGGCCAACAUGGCCCCCUACCUCCCCAACAUCACCAAACACAUGCUGGGCUCACUCAGGUCUACAGAGGGGAUCAUUAUCCACCACAGCGAUGAGACCAACGGUGUGCUGAACUUUGUGGAGGAGGAUCUGACAGAGGAGAGUGAAGACGAAGACGAUGAUGAUGUGGAGGGGUACAGUGUGGAGAACUCCUACCUGGAGGAGAAGGAGGACACCUGCAACUCGUUUGGGGAAAUCGCUGCAAACUCUGGGUCAGCAUUCCUGCCUUACCUGGAGGAGUGCUUCAAUGAAAUCUUCAAAUUGAUAGAGUACCCAGCAGCCACCAUCAGGAAGGCAGCAGUGACAGCGGUGGGACAGAUGUGUGUGGCCCUCCACAAGCACUUCCAGCAGUCCAACACUGAAGACAGUACAGGGGCGCUAGCCAAGCUGCUGUCCAUGUCAGUACCACUGAUGUGUCAGCUGGUCAGGGAGGACACGGACAGGACCGUUGCCAUGACAACACUGGAGGUUCUGUCGGAGAUGUUGAAGGAGAUCAAAACUCCAGUGGUGGCAGGAGAGGGGCAUCUGGACGGGAUUGUCACAGCUGUCAGAGAUGUGCUGCAGACAAAGACAGCCUGUCAGGAUGAUGAUGAUGCGGAGGAUGAUCAACAGGCAGAGUAUGACACCAUGUUGAUCGAGUACUCUGGAGAAGUCAUCCCUUCUUUGGCUGUUGCAAUCCCAGGAGAGCAGUUUGCACCGUACUUUGCAGGAUUCCUGCCUCUUCUGGCUGGACGAUUUAAGAGGACCAGUACUGAUGCAGAGAGGUCGUUUGCUGUGGGAACUAUCUCGGAAGCCAUAGCCAGCAUGAAGGCUGCCGUGGUGCCUUUUGUUCCACAUCUCUACCCGAUCAUGCUCCAGGCAGUGAAGGAUGAAAACGACGAGGUGCGGAGUAACGGAGUGUAUGGACUAGGUGUGCUAGCCGAGCACAGUGGAGAGGCUCUCUAUCAACAUUACCCAGUGAUGUUGCAGACUCUGUCUGAGGUGUCCACCAUAGCAGGUCAGCAGAGACGAGUGGUGGACAAUGUGUGUGGGGCAGUAGCACGACUCAUCAUGGCCAACAUCAGUGCUGUUCCAAUGGAUUCAGUGUUCCCAGUGCUGGUGGGUUACCUGCCUCUUCAGGAGGACUUUGAAGAAAACACCACAGUGUACAGGUGUGUGGUUCACCUGUACCAGGCAGGGCAUCCUCAGAUCCAGCAGCUCUUGCCCCAGUUGCUGACAGCAUUUGCCCAAGUCUUAGGAACUACACAAAUAAAUGAAGAAAUGCAGAGCGCCCUGACUGCCAUGGUGAAAGACGUACACCAAAAGUUUCCCCAGGACUUUACAGGCGUGGUGUCCUCCCUGCCACCUGAACAGGCUGAAAAACUCCAGGUGACAGCUGCCUCCUAGGGACUGCGAACUGUGGACUACUGUAGCCAUUUGCCUGUGGCAUUCCUCAUAGUUGUUCAGCUGUUUGUCAAUUUAUGGAUAAGUGCAGUUUGUUGUUGGCAAAGACUUUGUUGCUUUUGCAAAUUGGCAAGGUUGUGUUGCAAUUAUACUUUGUGUGCAAGUCAGGCCAAAAUAUAUUCUCAUGAACUAGCAACAAUUUCAUGGCAGUUGGCUGUUAUAAUGUAUUUUUGUAUAAAAGCAUAAAAUGUUUGAAACAAGUGAAUUGAAAUUGAAAUUGUAUCAGGGUAAACCGGACAGGUUACAAAAUCCUUGUUUUAUUUAACAAAACUAGUUUUUUUAAGUUAGUUUUAUGUUAGCUUAAACAAUGAAGAAAGAAAGACAAACUGUGCUUCAAAAUUUUGGGUGCUUGUCCCAAAUAUCAAAGGGAAUCAUACAUGUA